GACAAAGCGGUCCAGAAGUCGCAUGCCCAGGACUGAGGUGGGCACCCGGGCGGACUUGCCUCAUCCCUCACCAUUGCCAUCCGAAGCCUUUCUGCUAUUCCCAAAGGCUGUCGGCUACCAUCCCAGCCUUUCCAAGGAGGACCCUGGAACCAUCCGCCAGGUCAGCUGCAAACAAGGCUGCCUGGCUAUAGUGAAGGCGGACAGGACCGUCAUCGUUUAUGGCAGGGCAGAGGACGGAGGAUGCCAGGGGAGUCUCAAGCGUAUCAAGUUAAACAAGGGAGCCAAGGUAGAUUUGCUAGACGGUGAAGCAUCUCACCUGCUCAUUCUCUCAUCAGAAGGAAAACUUUCUGAGCACAGUAUUGCAUCCAGAGGUGUUCAUUCAAAGCCCAGGUUAUUGAAAGAAUUGGGAGACAAACGCAUCGUCCAAAUCGCAUGUGGUGACCAUCAUUCCCUGGCAUUAUCAAAAGGAGGAGAGCUCUUUGCCUGGGGUCAGAACGACUAUGGCCAGGUUGCAGCGGGAUGGGAGAUCAACCUCAUUAAGGAACCGCAACUUGUGCAGGAGCUCGAAGGCAUCCCUUUGGCCAAGAUUGCAGCUGGAUCUGCUCACAGCAUCGCCCUCUCUGUGUUUGGAACUGUCUAUUCUUGGGGAAAGAAUGCUUUUGGACAGCUGGGCCUUGGAGAUACAGAAGACAGAUGCUCCCCGACAAUCGUGAAGGCCUUAGAGCAUGAGAAGACAGCGUUUGUUUCGUGUGGCGGGGAGCAUACCGCUGUUCUCUCAAAGGAUGGACUAGUCUGCACCUUUGGAGAUGGCAGCUGUGGACAGCUUGGCCACAACUCUAGGCGCAAUGAGCUGUUACCACGACUUGUAGCUGAGCUGUUUGGUGCUCGGGUGUCUCAGGUGGCCUGCGGAAGGUCUCAUACUCUUGUCUACAUCGCGGACCUGGGAGAAAUCUACUCAUUUGGAUCUGGAGCAGAAGGGCAGCUUGGAGAGGGGGAAAAAUGUGACCGACUGAUACCUCUUCCUAUUGGCAGAAAAUUCAGCAGGGUAGGGAACACAUCAGAGGAGCUGAUUAAAAUCAUCGCUGGAGAGAACCAAAGUAUUGUACUUCUUUUAAAGGAAAAGAAUUCAUAUACAAAUUUAAACCGAAUGAUUGCCAGAGUGGAGGAGGAAAAGACAGAUAAGUGGAUUUCUAAUUCAGAUCCCAAUUGCUGGCACACUAUGAAACAGGAUAUAAAGUUGAUCUUCUCCUCAGCAGCUUGCAUCAACGGAAGCUUCGUGGAAAAGAGAGCGAAACAUUUCAGGACAUCUCUGGAGGUUGCGGCUGUGGACAUGUCCGCUGUGUUACUUUUCCAUGAGAAGAUUUCUACUAAGCCUAAAGUCUUCACAGUGGUGAUAAAUGCCCUAAAGAAUCUCCUGCAGUCUGUCCUUUACUUCCCUGGCUCACCUGAAGCGCUUAGAGUCUUCCUCAUUGUGCCCAUACUCUUACGGCGGGAGGACAGCCGGUCAGAUCAUCUCCUCCUUCAACUGGCACAAGCCAUAUGGCGUUGCCCACAGAAAGAGAAGCAAUUGCUUGAAUCUUUGUGGGCCAACCUAGAAAUUGCCUUCUUCAAGGAUCUGGUGAGCAUUUAUCAGAGGCUUGCCAGUGCCAAGCUAUCUUCUGUCAUUGAAAGUACAAGAUGUUCCGAGAAGACACUCCAAGAUGUGGACUUCAUUUGGCCUCUCUACGUCCUCCGAAUGCUUUACGAGCUUUUAUCUCAUGCUGUAAAUUACUUCUCUGUGUCAUUUCAGUCGAUCAGAGAACUCACCACGUUCCCUUUUAUCUUUGAGAUGGAAGUUAAGGUUAUCCUGUUUCAAGCAGAAUGCUGCGCUCUAAGGCUGAUGGCAAAUUCUGGCAUGGCCAGUGAACUACUGGUAAGGAGACAACAUCUGGUACAGGAUACCUGGCAGUGUUUAAGAAAUGCAAACACAGAUGACCAAGCCCUUAGGGUGCUUUUUGUAGGUGAAGCAGGGAUUGACGAUGGUGGGCCAUGCCAAGAGUUCUUCACCAUCAUCAGUAGGGAACUUUGUGCUCCAGCAGAACAGGUAUUCAGGCACUUCGAAGAAUCACAUCUGAUUUGGUUCUCCCACCAGGUACCAGCACAGAAAGACAUAUAUUUUCUAAUUGGGAAGCUGUUUGGGAAAGCUCUCUAUAAUCUGAAGAUAGCUCCUUUCCCUUUUCCCCUUGCUCUGUUCAAGAAGAUGGCAAACAUUCAGCCAACCCUGGAAGAUUUAAAAGAGCUCUCUCCUGUGGUAGGAAGUAUGCUUCAGGCAGUCUUGGAUGAAGAUUAUGAAGAUGUCAUUGAAAACAUGAUGUUGGAUUUCACAAUAACAGAAGAACAUGAUGGAUCCAUAGUUGAUGUUGAAUUGAAAGAAAAUGGUGCUAACGUCCCGGUUACCAAGUACAACAGGAAGGAAUAUGUUGAUGCUUAUGUGAACUACAUGUUCAGUACUUCAGUAGAAAAACAGUUUGGGGACUUCGUGCGUGGAUUUAAAAAAGGCUGUCCAAAUGAAACUUGGAAAAUGUUUCUUCCUGCUGAGCUCCGUGUUGUUCUGCUUGGACUUACAAAAUACGACUGGGAACAGCUAGAAAAGAAUGCGAAGUACCACAACUAUGAAAGGUCGGAUGAAACAAUUGAGGAUUUUUGGGCUGUGUUCCAUGCUCUUCCUGAAGAAAAGAAGAAGAAUUUCCUCUCUUUUCUCACAGGGACCGACUGCAUCCCAGCUCAAGGAAUGGAACGAUUCACAUUCACUAUUGCGGAUUUGGGAAAAGAAGAUCCAGACCUGUGGUAUCCUGUGGCCUCCACUUGCUACCGAGUCUUGUACCUUCCUAGAUACAGUAACAGGGACGUUCUCCAGAAUAUGCUCCUCGUCGCUUUAGAGAACUAUGAAAAAUUUGGCCUCUCUUAAAAAAGCCUGGAUGUAAUUUCGCUGUCCUCUGCACCUCGCCUCGAAACUGCUGUAGUUUCCCACAAUAUGCUUUAGCAGCUCUUUCCAUACAAGAGAGUGCAGUUUAGUUUUUAUUAAGUUUAUGAAUCGCUUCCCACAGCCAAUGGAAUUCUGUGCUGAAAAGGUAUUGGCACCAGGGAGAGCAUUUCGCAGUUUGGGGUGUGUGUGUCAGCACAUAAAAGGCCUAUUUCCUUGUUAUCACCCUCUGAAUGGCUCUUGUAGGAAGCAUCUAGAGCAGGGGUAGGCAACCUAAGGUCCGCGGGCCCA